UUAGCGUAGGGGCUGGCGCACAUAACUAAAUAACUGAACUAAGAAAUGCAUCUUCUAUUCUUUUUGCAAAACUUUUUCCAUGGAAAUCAAAACCACCCAGUAGAUUUCUCACCUUCCCCAUGAAGCAUCCUAAGCGUCCCAAUAAGUUGCAAAAGCACUCACUUUUCAUGCUCUUAAAUUCUGCAACAACGAUCAACAACUUCCCUCUUCCCUCUAUUUUGGCUUCUCUUAUACUUGCAAUCGUUUUCUAGAUUCUUGAUUCUUUCUCGAUUCAAGAAAGAUUCAUUUAAACCCAAAACCCCAUUAAAGAUUCUUCAAGAAAAGGAGAAAUGGGAUUACAACAGCAUGUAUAUCUUAUCCAAAUCAUGGUUCUGUUUGUUCUUUGUGUGAGAAUGAGUAUGGCCUCUAGGGUCACUGGUAUUGGAGUGAACUGGGGCACCAUGACAACGCAGCUACUUCCCCCGGAGAAGGUGGUGCAUAUGCUGAGACAAAAUGGGAUUCGGAAGUUGAAGCUUUUUGAGGCCGAUGAGAGGAUUAUGGCUGCGCUGAUUGGCACUGACAUUGAGGUGAUGCUGGCUGUACCCAAUUACAUGUUGCACCUGAUGAGUGAAGAUCCUGCAGCUGCUGCUUCUUGGGUUGAUGCCAAUGUCACUAGUUGGUUGUACACUGGUGGAGUUAAUAUCAAGUAUGUUGCUGUAGGCAAUGAACCCUUCCUUCAAACGUACAAUGGCAGCUAUCUGCAAGUCACUUUACCAGCUUUAAGAAAUAUUCAUCAAGCCCUUGACCGUGAUAAGGUGAGCUCUAAGGUCAAAGUCACAGUCCCUUUCAAUGCCGAUGUCUAUUACUCUGCAAAUCCGAACCAAGUUCCAUCUGCUGGUGACUUUCGACCUGAAGUUCGAGACCUCGCAAUCGAAAUUGUCCAGUUUCUCCAUUCAAAUGAUGCACCUUUCACAGUCAACAUCUAUCCCUUCCUCAGUCUCUAUAGUGACGAAAAUUUCCCAGUAGACUUUGCAUUCUUCGAUGGAACGAAAAAUCCAAUCAAAGAUGGUGGUUUGGUCUAUAAUAACGUGUUUGAUGCAAAUUUUGACACUCUUGUAUGGGCAUUAGACAAGUCAGGAUAUCCAGAUAUGAAGAUCAUAGUUGGAGAAGUUGGUUGGCCAACAGAUGGUGAUAAAAAUGCCAAUAUCCCAAAUGCUAAGAGAUUCAACCAGGGACUAAUUCAACAUGUUUUGAGUGGAAAGGGUACCCCAGCAAGAAAGGGUAAGAUUGAUGUUUAUCUAUUUAGCCUAAUUGAUGAGAAUGCUAAAAGCAUUGCUCCAGGGAGCUUUGAGAGGCACUGGGGGUUAUUUGAAUACGAUGGAAAGCCAAAAUAUGAAUUGGACUUGUCAGGUUUGAAAGAGGAGAAGGGUCUAGUUCCAGUUGAAGGAGUGAAGUAUAUGUACAGAAGGUGGUGUGUUCUGAACCCUGAUGCAAUUGACUUUGAUGAUUUGCCAGAAAGCAUUAACUAUGCUUGCAGUUUAUCAGAUUGUACUUCUUUGGGUUAUGGGUCAUCCUGUAAUCAUCUUAGUGUUGAAGGGAAUGCUUCUUAUGCCUUUAACAUGUAUUAUCAGGUGAAUGACCAGAAAGAUUGGAACUGUGAUUUCUCUGGUCUGGCUGUAAUUACAGACAAGGACCCAUCUGAUGGCGACUGUGAGUUCCCAAUUAUGAUUUCUCAUGGUCAUUCAUUGGCACAGCACGGGAGACUACUAGAUGUUUUACUAAGAAUUGCUGGUGGGUGUUUGGUUUUUUUGGGAGUAAUGUGAACGUGAUACAUAGAAUUCAAAAGGCAAGGAAGGUAGAUUGUCUUUAGCCUAGUAUUUGUAAUAAAUUUUUGCAAUUCUAG